AUGUCGGAAACCUCACAUCCAUCUCGCGAUCCAAAAAAUCUCAGCGAACCAUUCGCAGUCAUCGAAUUUCUCGAGAAAAACGAAAAAGGGCUACCAUGCAUUGAUUUGGUGCCGAAAAAAUGGUUUAAUAGUGCAGAAGAAGACACCUGUAAAUUCCCACCGACAACUGAAUAUCAUCUACUUGACGACUACUUGGAAAAAUUGCACUCGCCCAAGGACUCUUGGCAAAGUUAUCCAUUUUGCUUCAUCACCGGAGCAGCUGAUUUGGAUCAGGGUCGCAGAAGAUUAAAAAAGGCCCAAGUAACUCUCAACUGUGAGACAACCGAUGGUGAAAAUGAUCGAAAGGGGGGGAGGUCCGAAACUUCCUCGAAAGCAAAAAUUUCAGCAAAACCCUUAACUGCAUCAAAGUCUCAACUAAACAACAUCUUUAGUACUAAAAUCCCGAUUCCACCUAGAAAUCAAACUCCAAAGUCUGGUAUACAAGCAAAACCAAAGACAAGAUUUCAAAGCAUUUACCAGAGUGGAUCUGACUCUGAAGACGAAAAUCAUGAUUGUCUUAUAGCUAAUCCUGAGGAGAUUCGAGCCUCAAAGGCUCAAAAUAAUUCUGGCUUUUUGCAAAUGUCGAGUAAAUCGCGAUCUGUACCAACAGGUGCAUGUUUAUCAUUUAAACAGCGGUCAAGGAAGAAUAUUACUUUGCUUAAAGACGUCGAAACUGAUGAAUCUGAGAGCAAUGAUUCCUCCGAUGGAAUUCUGCAGUCACCUACAAAAUCGAUGGACUCAGCGAGAAAUACAAGAAAAGAACUUCAUUUGACACCUCCUUCACCACUAGUCCAUAACGCUUCAGGUAACCGAAAAAGGCGUGCAUCGUCUACUACACGCGCUGAAGACGGAUUGAAUUCGAUUGUGAGCCCAGGAACUCCAAAAACUUCACGAUCAAUGAUGGUACCCCCUGCUAAGAUGCCAAAAAUGCUGGGACCACAAAACCAGUUGUCAUCUAGUCAUUAUGCUGAUAAUGAACGUCGAAUCCUGAACUCCCUUCGAGAUUACUUUGAUCAGCAAUUAGAUGAAAAGCUCGAAAAUUUAAGACGCAGGAUGGCUUACGAUUUAAAGCAGUCUAUGAAUGAGCUCAAGACCACAAUCAUUGGCACUAAUCUAGCCCCAGCUUCUGGUCCUAGCUUGCUUGAAAUACAGAAGCAGAUGUCUACGCCACUACCAUUUGAAAUGGAUGAUAAGUUCCAGGAAUACGAAGCGAUAUUGACAACGGACCCAAAUCUCGUAGAAACACUGUGAUUAUUCAUGAGAGUUUUGAUAAGCAAUAAAAAAGAGAUGAAAAUAUGUGUUUCCACUAUCCUAUCUGCGGUUCUGAGGAAGACAGUGUCACUGCACUAUUCUGGUUACGGAAAGGAAGCUGGCGGAAAGAAAAAGAAAAAUUUUUAUAACACUACAGUAUGCAAAGUACUGAUUGAUGUGAUAAUUGAGGUAAUAGGAUCCAGCACUGAUGAGAAGAAGAUAAUGUCAGAAGUAAGUACUUGGUUGUCACGUUCUGGCGAUCGAGAGGGUGGGCGUAAGGAACGACAACGCGGGUCAAGUCAUCAUAACGAGAAUAAUUCAGUUUGUUCCUUUGAUACCAAUCGAUAAUACUUCAUUUUUCCGGGAUAAAUGGAAUUGUAAAAUCACUGUGUUAAUAUGACUCCAUUAGUUCAUUUUCGUAAUUGUAUUAGUUGUGAUAUUCUUGAUAAAAGGUACGAUUAAUAGGAAAAGUUUAUAUUAUCAAUAUAUUUUUAUCGCGAGGCGUUUCAUUGGGCAGAAUAUAUAUUAAUAUAUGAAUAUUGUUUAGUAUUCGGCUGUCAUUGAAGUAUUAAUUAUAUUUAUUAUAUUUCUCCUGGCGAGGUCGGAAAUCCAGAAGAUGGAAAUAACAAUUGGAAAAUGUGAUGUAUCUUAGCAUAAUAAAGUAUUUUCUAUGUCAUUUCCUCAUAAGUUAGAUCACGGGAAUAAAUAUCCGUUGUUGGUUCAGGGAUUAAAUAUUAUGUCCAAAAGUUUAAAGGGAAAAAUAAUAAGUGGAUUUUUAAUUUUUAAGAAAAAUUCUAAUGAAAGUAAUUUCAGCCAUUGAGAGCUGUUUUCAGUAUUUGGUGAUUCAAGUCAAAUAAUAUUUAUAAGGUUGAAGUUUCACAAUCGGACUGCGUCCAUAUUCCCCAAAGAUUUCAAAUUUAAGGGUUGAAAUUAAUUAGUUAUAUGUAAUCCUAUCCAAGACUUUUUUAUAUUUCUAAGUUUGUUUGAAAGAGUGAAUAUAAUAAGCAAUAUUAUAUAGAACUAGCACACAAUCAAUGCAACUAAAUAUCAUUCUGUGUUCCGGAGUUGCAGAUGGAGAAGACAUUAUUGUAAAAAAAGGAUGUCUUUCCGAGAUGAAAAAAUAAUUCUUAUCAGGAUAAUUCGUAUCAGCAAUUGUCUAUGGAUAUAAGAAUUAAUUCUUAUCAUCCAUAGCGGAAUAAAUUAUCCAUAAUAUUGCUAUUAUAAUGACUGUUUUCAUGCUUGAAUUGAAGCACGAUAAUUUAUCAAUUCUAAACUACUAAUUUAAAAAAUAACAUUGGUGCGUUAUUUUGUUGGAUAUUUUGUUAAUACAAUCUUCGAAUUCUGAAGACUGACUGCUAAUAUUAUUAGAUUGUAAGAGAGAGUUUAUUAAGACUUAAUAUGGUAUGUCGUAUUAAAUUUCGGAUUCAAAUGAUCUACGUAGAUUAUUUAUUUUAAAAGCGGAUGAAAAUAAUCCACAAAAGAUUUUUCUACAAUUUAUACCUGCAAUCAUUUUUUUGAGUUUUCAUAUUCUGUUCGCGGAAAAAUCUCAUAGUUGUGAUUAUCUUUCAUGAAAAUUGGAGAUACAAACACUGCAUAUCUUUAACUGUUCAACCAAAAUCGGAUGAAAACAUGUACUAUGUCGAUAGGAGGAAAAAAGUUUUUGAUUGGCUGAGUUUUUUUGUCAAUAGAUUUAAUAAAUUUAAAUAUAAGUUUUGUCACAUAAUAAAACUGUUUUCUGUAUAAUGUUGAAGGUAAUAAAUACAUGUCUGCUUAUCA